AUGGAACUCUACAACGAGAUUUAUGGAGCGCCAAUCUUCGAUGUCUAUGACGAUGAAGAGCCAACGUUCGAUGUCUACAACGAAGAGCCAACGUUCAAUGUUUACGACGACGAAGAACCAAUAUUCGAUGUUAGCAAUGUGGAUCCAAUCUCCGUAGACGGUGGUGGAGUUAACGUGUUUCAUGUUGACGCCUUUAUCACAUCGCUUUGGAUCCGAAGUGUUCCAAAACCCAUUGCCUCCUCUGCAUUUGGUGAAGGAAUUCCGAUGACGAGCCAACUUUCUUCACUCCGCCACAAUGUGAUUUUUUGCAUGGAACCAGAACGUUUUCUCCAACUACCAUUUGAUCGUGGGCGAGCUAGGGAUUUGGUGGCUUCACGGUCACAAACGUUGAACUUUGAGGACAAAGUUAUUUUGGACGGUGGAGUAUUGAUGAGAAUCAAUCGGCUUAACCGGAGAAAACCGAUGUCGGUUAUAUGUCAAAGAAUGUGGAGAAAAGGAGUUAGUGUUUUUCUUAAACUAGUGGGAACGUGA